CUGUAGGAGAACUGAUCUCUUAAUGAAAUACAGAACAACUAUCUCUGAAAGAAAGAAAAUGGGCAAUCGCCAUGCCAAAGCGAAAGUUCUUCAGGGUUUUGAUGCUGAUCGAGAUGCCAAAAAGCUAAACAAAGCCUGCAAAGGAAUGGGAACUGAUGAAGCCACCAUCAUUCAAAUCCUAUCAAGCAGGACAUCGAAUGAGAGGCAACAAAUAAAACAAAAGUACAAGACAACGUAUGGCAAGGACCUGGAGGAGGUGCUCAAGAAGGAGCUGAGUGGAUACUUCGAGAAGACAGCCUUGGCCCUUCUGGAACACCCCAGCGAGUAUGCCGCCCGGCAGCUGCAGAAGGCCAUGAAGGGCCUGGGCACGAAUGAGGCGGUGCUCAUCGAGGUCCUGUGCACGAAAACCAAUAAGGAAAUCAUCGCCAUUAAAGAGGCCUACCAAAGAUUAUUUGACAGGAGCCUUGAAUCAGAUGUCAAAGGUGACACAAGUGGAAGCCUAAAAAAAAUUCUGGUCUCCCUGCUACAGGCUAAUCGCGAUGAAGGAGAUAAUGUAGACAAAGAUCUAGCUGGUCAGGACGCCAAAGAUCUGUACGAUGCAGGGGAAGACCGCUGGGGCACGGACGAGCUUACCUUCAAUGAAGUCCUGGCCAAGAGGAAUCACAAACAGUUACGAGCCACCUUUCAAGCCUACCAAGUUCUCAUUGGCAAAGACAUCGAAGAGGCCAUUGAAGCAGAAACGUCAGGAGAUCUGCAGAAGGCCUACUUAACUCUCGUGAGGAGUGCCCGGGACCUCGAGGGCUACUUUGCUGACUGUCUGUACAAGGCCAUGAAGGGUGUGGGGACCGACGAGGAGACCCUCAUUGACAUCAUUGUGACCCAGGCGGAGGUGGACCUUCAGGGGAUAAAAGCCAAGUUCCAAGAGAAGUAUCAGAAGUCUCUCUCUGACAUGGUUCGCUCAGACACCUCUGGGGACUUCCAGAAACUGCUGGUGGCCCUCCUGCACUGAACCGAGUCAGCACAGCAGGAGCACAGGAAGGAACCACCUUUGUCAAGAGCCCCCCCAAACCAGAUUUGCAAAUGCCACUCCAGCAUGAAACACCCUCGAGGGUCCUGGUUUAUUUCCUUGGCAGCCUGAGCCAUGCGGCCGGGGCAAACUGUUUAAGUUAAGGGCAGCAGCCUCAAGACGCUUGACUAGGUCACCCUGAAUGCUGGUUUAGCGAGUAUCUGGGCUGCCUCUUAAUUUUCCUUGAGGGCAGUCACUGAAUGCUUUCUGAGCACAGAUGAAAUCUGCAGUUGAUGAAAAACUAUGCCUUCGUAAUAAAACAUUUAAAAGAAUACGUAUCACACAGGGAUAUGUAUGUUCUGGGUAAAGAGCAAAUGGUUGAAGUACAAGAAAGACCAAAGUGCUCAAUUUCAAAUCCUCCAUGUUAAUGGAAGAUGUGGAUUACGCCUACAUCAGCUGCUUUUCCAAAAACUGGGUUGAUUUGCUUUGGUGUUUGUCCUGCAAAUAAAUGACUUGUGAAAUUUCAACAUAUUUGGAAAAUGCAAACAGUUACAUUUAUUAAUAAUCACCAAGGACAGUCACCAAGGCCAGCGGCAAGGAAACAACUGACUUGCCUAUACGAAACGUAACGAGAGGUAAAAUUCCCUGAUCUGCUACCUGGUUUAAAUGGGUUUUCUUGCUUCUCUAGACAUUUGAGCCAUUUGAGUUUUCCCUCGGAUCUUCAAAUACAACUAGGCUGGGCACAGUGCCAACAGGAUCAAGGUUAAUGGUCUGACUCUCAAAUGGAUUGAUCCUGCACCAAUAGCAUCUCUGUUCCAAGGUGUUUGUCUCAUAGCCACGUGCUGCUACACAUAAAGGGGUCUCUGUCGUGAGAACACGGACACUUUGGUCCAAUAAUUAUAGUUAUCGUUCACUGGAUGAUUAUUUGUGCCCGG